UGACUACAAUCCAACCAAAGUUUGACAUCCGUUCAAACAGCCUAAAUUUGAAUGACCAACCUCGACAACUGAGAGAAGACUAAUAAAAGAAGAAAAAGAAGAGAGGAGAAAAAACUGAAAGUCAUCGUAAUGGAGGAAGGUAGAAGUCAAGGCCAUGUGCAACAAACUAUUGUGUCUAUGUUGAAGAUCAAAAAUGAAUGUAUCCGUGUGUUCCUGGCAGAGGCCCUUUGCACGUUCAGCAUGAUGGUAUUCGGCCUUGGCUCUGUAGCUCAAGUGGUUACCGGAAAUGGUGCAUUCGGAGAGUAUCUCAGCAUAAACAUCGGCUUUGCACUAGGUGUGGGUAUGGGUGUUCACAUUGGAGGAAAGGUGUCAGGAGCUCAUAUGAACGCAGCCGUUUCUUUCACAAUGUGUGUGUUUGGCCGCUUGUGCUGGAAGAUGCUUCCUCUCUAUGUCUUCGCUCAAUUCAUGGGUUCAUUCUUUGCGGCAGGGACCGUUUUUUUUAUUUACUACGAUGCUAUACAUCAUUACUGUGGGGGAAAUUUCACUGUGUCGGGCCCAAAAGCAACAGCUGGAAUCUUUGCAACCUAUCCGGCCCCUUACCUCUCAAUCUACGCAGGAUUCUUCGACCAGGUUCUGGGAACCGCCAUGCUCCUGUUGUGUCUGAUGGCUCUGGCUGAUCAGAGAAACAAGCCGGUGGUACCCGGAGGGGAACCUGUAGGUGUUGGGCUCUUGGUGCUUCUCAUUGGAAUCUCUCUGGGGAGCAACAGUGGCUAUGCCAUCAACCCCACACGAGACCUGGCGCCAAGAACCUUUACACUGAUAGCCGGGUGGGGUAUUGAGGUUUUCAGGGCAGGUAAUGGCUGGUGGUGGGUACCUGUAGUGGCGCCCCUAUUUGGAGGAGUGAUUGGGGCUUUCAUCUACACAGCUUUUAUAGAAUUACACCACCCUGAUGGCGGUAGCACAGAGAUGCUGCCUAUAAAUUAUCCUGAAUGUGUUCCUCUAGAGAAAUACAAGAAGGGGAGCACAGACAAAAGCGUAUGAGGGUU